AUAUUAAUGCUAUCAUUGCUACAAACUGGAUAAUUUUACCCAUCAAACCUAUAUGGAAAGUCGCCGGAAUUCUACCACCGUCGUCGGUUUCUCUCUCCUCCCAUCGGAGCUCAUCCAUUGCAUAAUUCUCCGGCUAGCUUUACCCGAUAUCUUCCACUUAAAAUCCGUCAACAAAUUCAUUACCUCCAUGAUCGCCGAUCAGGAUUUUACCCGUGAUUAUAAUCUCCGAUCAAGCUCCUCCACCUGGUUGUUUGUAUACAAAAAAAGGUGGCACCGUGAUCCUGUGGUGAUUCACGGCUUUACCCAAUCAUCGGAACGGUGGUUUAAGGUGAUGAUCGGAGAUAUUUUGAAGCCGUUCAUCCCUCCCGGUGAAGAUCUUUAUUUCUUGACGGCGUCUGGUAAUUUUUUCCUUUUUGCUUUGAAUUGUAGUCGGGAAGUUAUCUCUGUUAAUCCCAUGACUAAAGUCGUCAAAAGAAUCCCUCAAAGCCCAUUGGGUCCACGUGGCACAUCAUCGUGGAGACGGUCCGGCAUCAAAUUACUGGCGGGCCCAUCCGGGUCGGGCCAGUUUCGGUUCUUGUUUGUGGAAAUUGUCGAUAAUAACCCGACGUUAUUCGAGUACGAUUCUAGAACAAACAAGUGGAAGUCAACGAUCGCGAAGGAGAGCAUCGUCAACCCAUCACACGUCAACAAAAAAGACGAAAACCGCAUAUUUCUAAGCGCAUCAAACGAGCCAAGGAGAAGCGUCGUGGUUUGUGUUGGUUACGACUCAAACGAGCCCACGGUCGUACGACCCAUAUUCUCAGGGAUUCUCGAAGACGGAGAAUUAGCAGUUGGUUUCAGUUGGGGAAGCGUAACGAACCGGUUACACAUAUACGGUGACGGAUGGAUGCUGAUCGUUCGAUCAGGAUCCGAUGGCACAAACGAUUCGCGCCGAGGAAUCAGGGUUUUAAAAGGGGUGGAACUAUGGGGUUUGAGCCCAAAUGGGAGGCAAUGGGCCUUUGUUUCAAAGGUCCCAAAUGGGCUAAUAGAUGAAAUCAAGAAACCCUAUGGGGUUAUGAUGGGUUGUUUGGAGGAAAGAGAAGGAACAAUUAGGGCCAUUUUGAUGUCAAAUUUUGAGGGUAUUUGGGACAUUAUUUGGCUUAGCUUUGACUUUGAAAAGUCAAAAUGGGCUUGGGUACCCCUACCUGAGUUCAAGAUGGAGGGCUCAAACAUGGCUGGCGUCACCUUCUCUUCUGGGCUCACCAUCUCUUAGAUCAAAGUGUCCAAUUGGUCUAACUUUUGUGUAUUAUGUAUAAAUCCUAUUGUAAGUUUUUGUACAAGAUUGUGAUUGUUGACUAAAAAAAGUCAAAAGAGCUUAUUGGGCUUUUUAAGCAUCUUGAACUAUGAAAAUGGGCCACAAGUAAGGCCCAAAUGUUGUAUCUCAAAGAUAAAAGUUCA